AACAAUACUAUCAGAAAAUGUCUCCCCGACGGUUGCAAAACGCCAUAGACAACCCAACUCUGGAGCUCAAAAUCAUAUCGGCAAGUGACGUCAGCCAUAUUGAUACCACAGAGAAGAUAGACGCAUAUGCCGUCGUUUCAAUUAACGGCGACAAUACUCAAAAGAAACAAUCGGCUAAAACUCCUAUUGACUACGACGGUGGUUCUAAUCCGACGUGGAAUCACACCGUUAAGUUCUCCGUCAACGAGGAAAGAGCCCGUGAAGGCCUAUUGACCGUCUACAUUAAGUUAUAUAGCUAUUGGUUAGAAGACGAGAAUGAUAUAUAUUUGGGAGAAGUCAACGUCUUGGUUCAAGAUCUACUUGCUUCAAAUGCGCUUCCACCGUUUUCUAACGGUAACGUCAAUAAAAUGAAGCCGGUGACUUAUCCUAUAACAUUCAUCGGAGAAACAAAACCAAAUGAAAAGCUGAGCCUCUCAUACCGUUUCAAACCAGUACCGGUUAAGGAUCUGUAUCCUCCGCCGCCAGAACCGGUUUAUUUGCCACCUUUUGGUCCAGCAACAUCAGGCCAGCCCAUCAUAUAUUCCCCUCAUCAGUGUCAGACGACUCAGACCACUGGUCAGGCCAUCACCGUGACGAAGCUAGCCAUAGAGCUCGUGAUCAAAUCCGCCAACAACAUAAGAAAUGUCAACGUUUUCGAUGACAUGGACGUAUACGCUUAUGUUAUGAUCUGUGAUGGCAAGACCACAAAAGUUAAGCAAAAGACGAAAACCCCUAUCGCAUAUUCCGGCUUCAUAUUCCCAACUUGGAAUCACGCCGUUAAGUUUUGCUUCGACGAGGAAGAGUUAGCUGGAGAAGACAGCCUUGUCGUGGAAUUGAUGAGUCACCGACCAAUCAUGGGAGAUAAGCAUAUUGGAAAAGUCAAUGUCCGGAUUCAAGAACUUAUUGGUUUGAAACCGCCGUCUCCGUUAACUGACGUUAAGUUAAACAGUAUGAAGUUGGUGACGCACAAGGUGAGGGGUGAGUACGGGGAAAAAGGAACCCUAAGCUUCACAUAUAGGUUUCUUGAGGAGAAAGUUACAGUUCCUAUUGUACCAGGUACAACACCCCAGCCAAUUAUUAUGUAUAUACCCAUCCCACAUCAGUCCGACGGGUCAGCAAACCCGGUUCACGGAACACCGGGUUACAUGGCUGUUCACACAGGAGCAAACAUUGGGCCAAGCAACGGUCUAGUACCAAUUUAUAUGCCACCCCCAUAUCAUCCACAGGGAUACCAACAAUAUUCCCAACGGCAACCACAACAACAACCACAACCACAACCACAACCGCAGUUUCAAUCACAACCUCAACAGCAGCCGCAACCGCAGCCACAACCACCACAGCGGCCGACACAAACACAAGCGCAAGUGCAAGGAGCACGACCACAAGUGAAGCCGCAAGGAGGAAGUGUCGCAGCACUAGGACUAGGGGCGGCCGUUUUGGGUCGAGUAAUUGGAGGAGCUUUAAUGAGUGAGAUGAUGUCUGAUGAAUUAAACACAUACGAGGCUGGGGCUUGA